UCGCAAAGUACCCACAACAACGAUGGCGGCGCCGCUGGGUCUCGAGACCAAGGCCCAACGGGGUAUUUUCGUCACAUACAUGGGGCUAUGGGUGACCUAUGGGCUGCUGAACGAGCUGGCCAAGCGCGAGAGUGUGCGCUUCAACUCAGCCUGCGCCGUCGUGAUACAAUCGCUGCUCAAACUUGUGCUCGCCAGCUACAUGUACCUGACAUCGGACACUCAAGCGACGGAGCCGCUGGCCACGCGUAUCCGUUUCAUGCUGGCCCAAGCGCAGGAGUAUCGCAGCCUGCUCCUGCUCUACUUUAUCCCGUCGGGGCUCUACGUCGUCUACGACGUGCUGUCCUACAUCAACCUGCGUGCAUUCGAUGCUGCCACCUACUUCCUGUUACUCCAGUUCCGGCUUGUGGUCACAGGGGUUCUGCACCAAAUGAUGUUCUCCAAGAGACUCAACCGCAACCAAUGGGUAUCUCUGGGCGUUACGACGGUGGGGUGCGCUAUCAAGACACUUGGCUCGCAGGACCCCAAUGGUUCUGCCAAGUCGGGCGUCCACAGCAACGCGCCGACACUUAUGGCCUAUGGCCUGCUGCUGGUGCAAAUGCUCAGUAGCACUUUCGCCGGCGUAUAUAAUGAAGUUCUUCUCAAGAAGCAAACUGCAAUCCCAGUGAACCUACAGAACGUAUUCAUGUACAUCGACUCCAUCAUCUGCACGAUGGGGAUGCUUGCUCUGGGACUGACCGGUCAGACGGCUCAGGAAGCUCUCACGAUUGCCAACUUCAGCGUGCUGUUGUCACCCUAUGUGCUGCCAAUGGUUCUUAUUAUGUCGUUCAUUGGUGUGGUAACGAGUCUCUUUCUUAAGCAGCUGGACUCGAUUCGCAAGGCCAUCGCCAGUGCUCUGGAGCUGGUCUUCCUACCUCUACUGAGUGCUGUGCUUUUCGGUCAGCCCAUCACUCUCUACACGGUGGCUGCGGUUUGCUUCGUGGGUUUUGGAGUCUACAUCUACUCGCUGCCGGUAGAGACUACAGGGCUACCCCAGUACACCAAGGUGGCGUCGGGCGAGCAGGCUCAAGACGAGAGCGACAGCGUAGACACAGCCGUCGCUGUCAACGAAUCUAGCUCUACCAGUAAGUCUGCUUAGAUACUUUAAUUGCAUAUGAUUUUUAGUCUCGUUUUUUCCGUCUGGGCAUGUACUCGUAGAAAAAAGUAGGCAGCUUCUGGUAGAUGGAAAACUCGUCCGCGACGUCGUGCACUUUGACGUCUGGUACAGCAAACAAAUGAGCAAAAUAUUAUCACAGAC